UGUAAGAACCUUCUCCCAAAAGUUCCUUGUGUCUAAAUAAUUUUUUUAAAUUCCAACUUGGAUUUUAAUACAUAAGUAUUUAUGUCUAUAUAUAGUGGUCUUCUGUCUUCAGAAUCAUUUAAUCUUAUAUUUCUUCUGCACAAAUAUCACUUUCUUGCACAAAACUCAGCAGACAAACAGUUUAAAUCUUGAAUCUUGUCGGAACAAAAUGAGUUGCAAUGGUUGCCGUGUGCUCCGGAAAGGCUGCAGCGAGAACUGCAUCCUCCGGCCAUGUAUUCAAUGGAUAGAAACCGCCGAUGCUCAAGGCCACGCCACAGUCUUCGUGGCCAAAUUCUUCGGCCGUGCCGGUCUCAUGUCCUUUAUCUCCGGCGUACCGGAAUCUCAACGUCCCG